CCUAACACGUACUGCCGGGACUGCGGUUUUGGAGUGGCCGGCAAGGGAGAGAUACUGGAGCUUGCGAGGACACUUUGACAACUUCUCCAGUGCUAUGGCCAAAGGGAAGAUUCUCCAGGAGGCAAAGCCCGGAGACGUGUGUGUUCUCCAUUUUGAUGAUCCAUUAGUUAGGAGCCUCCUCCCUCUACCAUUUGGGGUUCAAAAGGUGCUCUUUGGUCAGACGGCGGGGUGUGAUGUUGGUUUGGUUGCGUGCGAAAGCACACACGGAGGUCUUGGAGUAUCAUACAGAGAUAAAAUGGUGAUAUGUUUCCUUUUCAGGGUAGAAUUUGUGAUACCCAGUCCAGGUCUGCAUUUGGCUCUCAAUGCUUGUGCAGCAGCGGCAGUUGCAACUCUUUUAGGAGUUUCUCUUUCUCAAGUUGGAAGUUGUCUAUCAGCAUUUACUCCCGUCAAAAUGAGGUCAGAGCUUGAAGUUGCUAGAAAUGGAGUCAAGAUAGUCAAUGAUGUUUACAAUGCCAAUCCUGUGAGCUCCAGAGCUGCCAUUGACUUAUUGAAGAGUACUAUUGAUUGCAAGGGCCAAAAAAUUGCCAUACUUGGUGACAUGUUAGAACUCGGGCCUAGUUGGGAAGAGGUUCUGCACGUACAGCAGCCAAGGAUAUGAAUUUGCUUGAAAAGUUUAAUAUUGUGUGCUCUCUUCAGCCAGAAACUUUUGCAGAGGAAAUUGUGAAGAGGAUAAAUUGUAAUGAUGUUAUUUUUGUAAAGGGUAGUCGAGGGAUGCGAAUGGAGAAAGUUGUAAAUGCAAUCAAAGCAAUGGAAAUUUGAGAUACACAUUUCUCAGCUGUUGAUGAUUUUCCUGAUGUAGACAGACAUAGGCAGGAAUGUAUAGUAUACGUGCAGAGUUGUUUUAACUGAAAUAACUGUUUUUGUGUGUGUGU